GCAGGCCGCGGCGGAGAUUCCCAAAUAGUGUAAACAUGGCCUCGCGGUACAGUCACGGUGUCCAGCGAGUUCUAGCGAAAUUGGAGGCCUCGAUAAAUUCCGAAAACUAUUAUGAGGCCCAUCAGAUGUAUCGAACUUUAUAUUUCAGAUACCUCGGUCAGAGAAAAUACUCGGAGCUCCUGGAAUUGCUCUACAACGGCUCGAUGCUUCUGUUACAGCACGAACAGCACGCAAGUGGAGCCGACUUAGGAAUUUUAUUUGUCAACGUUUUAAUGCAAUCUGGAACGGUACCUGUGCAAGGCUUCUUCGAAAAGAUCACGAGCCUGUUCAGUUUAAUGAGCCCUACGUCUCCGGAAAGGGAGGUGUUUGUGCAGUCUGCGCUUAAAUGGAGCGUAAAGGGUACGGAUUACAAAACUGGUCAUCCAGAUUUACACCAGAAGAUAGCUCAGGUCUUUUGGAGAGAAAAGAAUUACAUAAUGGCGAGGCAACACUUUAUACAUAGUAGAGAUGGUUCUGGAUGUGCCGCGAUGCUGGUCGAACUUCACGAGCAGCGUGGAUACAUGAACGAAAUAGAUCUUUUUAUAGCUCAAGCAGUCUUACAGUAUCUUUGUUUACAAAACAAAGCAACGGCGCAAGAGGCCUUCAAUUCUUACACUUCGAGGCAUCCAAAAAUAAAUAGCGGCCCGCCAUAUCUUCUUCCUUUAUUAAACUUCUUGUUUUUUCUACUCAAAACCAUUGACAGUGGUAAACUAGCGGUGUUCACAGUACUUUGUGAACAGUACCAGAUAUCUUUAAACAGAGAUCCGUGUUAUCGACAGUACUUAGAUAAAAUAGGCCAACUUUUUUUCAAUAUUCCACCUCCGCGCCCGCGCAAUCAGGGAUUAUUUGGCUCGUUAUUGCAAUCCUUCUUCAACGGCCUGGAGGACGACGAUUCGGACGACGAGCAACGAAAUACAGCCUCAACGUCGCACGCCGCGCAAGAACUUGAUUGAUUAAAGGUGAGGCAACACUGUGCAGUGUGAUGCUGAAUAUCGAACUUUUUAUAUAUUAUUCAUCGACCCAAAUACUUUCACUAACUGCACCUGUGUUAACCGACAAUGAAAUUUCAAAUUGCGGACGUUAUCGUUUACGACAAAAGAAAAAAAGCUAAAAGAAUUACUGUUGUUUGAAGAAAUGGUAAUUCGGAACUAUGUAGAACCCUGAGAGUACAUGGGACGACUUCUUACGGGAAUUUAUCAAAGUUGUAAGUUAUUUACACUGAAUUCACAAUAGUAGAAUUCAGAUAGGCAUCUUUAUUAUUUUAUACAUAUCUAAUAUUUUCUAUACUACUUUUAGUCAAGUAAGAUUUGUACAUGUGCAAUAAUGAGACGCAUGAUUUUGAAUAAAAAGCCUUGAUUGAAUAAUAUUUGAAAUGUGUAAUAAUGAUCAAUUUGCGUGUAAAAAUUUGAAAGAGUAUGAGUUGACUCUUGUGAUAAAAGUCAAUAUUUUCAUUCCGUACAUACUGUUAUGAAUUCAGCAAUUAUACUUGGACUUUGAAUAAAAUCCUUGCCAUUAGCUACAACCCGUAUACCGUGCAUAUAACCACAUGAAUAUAUACCUGCGUGUAACUGCUGGAUCGAAAAUUUAUUUUAUAUAAACUAAAAUGCGUGUGGACAAAUAAAUGUGACAUAAUUGUAGCUUCCGAAAAAAAAAGAAUGCUUACCGAGACUGCUUGUUGCUAGGACAUCGAGAAAGAGAGUUAUACUUGGAGCAACGAGCGAUAUAUUUAUUUAUUGGAUUCUAUAUUGAUAUGGGUAAUCAUUUAAAACAAUAGAGAAAUAAAAUUCAUAUAUUUAACUAAGGAAAUAAAAUGACCAUCGCACUGUGUAAUAAAAAUCUUCACAGCAUUAACUAAUAAAAGUAAUAUAAUAUUGCUGUGUAAACGAAAACGGAACCAUAGACAUUUGACUAAUAAAUUUAGCUUUGUAAUAAAUAUAUCUCUCUAGAAACACAUGUAUAUGUACUGAGUAUCCUUUAUUAUAUAUUUCAUUGUCUAUUACGUUAUCAGAAUUAUUUAAACCAAAAUUGUUAUAAUAAUAUGAUAAUAAUAAAUUAUAAUUGAUACUUGCAUCAUAGGAUAAAUCAUAAUAUUCAUAAUUGAUACUUGCAUUAUAGAAUAAUCGAAAAAUUCUACAUUUUUAAUUGUUCUUUUGUAAAAAAAUUUAAGCAAUGUAUAUUAAUUUGAUGAAAAUGAUGUAAUAUUAAUUCUCCGUUUGAUAAUACUUUGGAAUGUGUAUGUGUGGGAUUAGUCUUUUGAAGAUUUAACUUAGGUAUUAUAUUUGUAUAAAUUAUAUACUUGAAAAAUAAUAAUAACAAAUAAUGGUUACCCGAUAUAUUAUUCUAAUAGCAGCUCCUCCUCCGUGUAUUCGAUAGAAAUACUUAAUUUAAUAGAUGUAUGUGAAUUGAGUGAAACGUGCAAAUAUGCCUCUGUCAUCAUGUUCCUAAUUAAAAUACUAUCUCACAAUA